AGCAUCACAACAUCAUCACUCAUCUUUACAGUCUCAGUCUCUUGACCACUUACAUCACAUUCACCUUACAAACAACCACAACCAAAAACAAUGCAGUUCACCACUACCGCCAUCUCCGCCAUCUUGGCCUUUACCUCUUUCACAGAGGCUGCUCCUCGCAACCCUCGAUCUUACGCCGAGGCCCCCAGUCUGACUGCCCAGCUUCGACUUGCUGAUACCGCCGCUGAUUUCUUUACCCUUCUUCCCGACGACAAGGACUUCGUCUUUGACUUCAACAAGAAGCAAGAAAACCCUGGAAAGGGCGGCGAGCUUAUCGCUGCCAACCGCAAGACCUUUCCCGCUCUCGUCGGCACUGGCUCUGGCAUGGCCUUUGGCAGAAUUGAUGCCUGUGGCAUGAACACUCUCCACGUCCACCCUCGCUCCGCCGAACUCCAGAUCGUCACCUCAGGCCGUCUCAUGACUGAGAUGGCCCCCGAGAACGGCGUCAUGGACAAGGAUGGCAAGCGCCGAGUUAUCCGCACCGAGCUCAAGGCUAACAUGAUGACUCCCUUCUACCAGGGCUCUGUCCACACCCAGUAUAACCCCGACUGCGAGCCUGCCACUUUCGUCGCCUCCUUUGCCGCUGAGGAUUUCGGCACUGGUCAAAUUGCUGAUGAGGUCGUUGCUCUGAGCGAUGAUGUUAUCGCUGCUACCUUUGGUCAGAGCAUUGCUGGUGAGGACAUCGACAAGGUCCGCGCUGCUAUUCCUAAGAGCAUUGCUCUGGGUGUUGAUGAGUGCCUCAAGAAGUGCAACAUUCAAAAGCGAUCUGUCUAAGAUGACUGUCUAUUUCUUUUCAUUAUUUUGAUCUUUUGCAUAUGGCGAGCGUUUUGAUGAUGAUGACUUCCCCUCGUUUUGGCGUUUAUUAUACAUAGACACGAGUUUUCAGAUGGGAAUACCCUUUUCUAUAAGACACUUGGUUAUUGAUAGGAUCUAGCAUGUUUGUUUCUGUUGUAUAUAGGAUAUAGUACAUAAGUCAGUUACGGGUUUUAUUUUUUCACUUAUUCAUGAUCGUGUUCUACUUUGUGCUGUGACAAUUCCUCAAUGAUUGGCAUACAUACAAUCUCCCCAAUUUUUUGAAACCAGCGCAAUAUUCCAGCUUAAUCACACUUAUCGCACUCUAACAGAUUAUGAUCCGAUACAUAAUAUACAUAAAUCUUUCAUCUUUCAUUCUAUCUUACAAUCAUACACAU